UAAUAAAAGGUGUCACACACGCACACGCAGCACACAGGCUUAGCAGAAAAGCAGAGGAUGGCAAGCGGGCGAGCAGCAGCAAGCAGUCUCCCCGGAUCUGACGGUGGUUUGCCUCCCCGCCGUCGUUGCGCUGCCUCGCUUUGCGGGCGUGGCGGCGUGCCGGGGCAGGGAAAGGAGAGAAGCAAUGCUGCCGGCCGAUUCUUCGCCGCGCCGGCGCGGAGGGGCAGCGUGGAGGGAGAGGUUCGGCGGGAAGGGAAGUAGUGGAGCUGCCGGACGCCGCCGCCGCGCGUCUGUUCGGGAAUCGGAGGAAACGGCGCUCGGGAGUGUGGGCCGGGCCGAGGAAACGGCCCGCAGGCCCGAAGCCCAAAGCCCUGGACGGCGAUGGUGUCAGGCACCUUGAAAUACCCCCGCCUUGGCGUUGGCGCCCGGCGUAACAGCCUCAACCAACAGCCAGCAGCCAGAGCUCGCCGGAGCCCCAAGAAACCCCUCCUCCCGUCUCCCGCCACCGCGCAGCAGCGCCCACCGCCGGCGACCGAUGGACAAGUUCCACGACAGGCAGUACGUGUGGCUGCGGAGCCGCGUGCACGGCACGUACCUCCACGCCAACAUCGACGGGAAGAGCGUCUCCCUCCACCGGCGCCGCGCGGCGCUGAGGGCGGCCUGGGCGGUGCACAUCCACCAAGGCGACGAGCCGUACCUGCUCCUCUACAACGCCGCCAACGGCCGCUACCUCGCCGCCACGGCCACGCGGGCGCCGCCCGGCCACAUCGGCUUCCGCGCCGAGCAGCGCGACUACGACCAGCCGCAGUUGCCGGCCAUCAUGUGGCGGGCCGCCGAGACGGGAUUCAGGGACGACGUCCUGCUCCGCAACGUCGGCGGCCGCUACCUCCGCGCCAACGGCAAGUACACUGGCAAGUACCUACGCCUGAAGAACGUCACCGUCGACGGCAUCAACAACGUCAGCACCAUGAUGUACUGGACCGUCGAGCCUAUCCCUCUCAGAGACCCGAACAGUCCGCUCGGCCUAGCUCCGCCGACUCUGGGCCGCAGACCCCGAGAGCUCCCCGACAUGCUGGGACGCGAGCGAGGGGUGCGGCGGCUGAUCCGGUUCGUGCGAGCGAGCGCCGAGGGGGCCGUCGCCGAGGACGGCUGGUCCGAGUUCCAUUUCACGGGGAGGUCCGUGUACGAGCUGAGGAACGAGCUGUACAGCCGCAUCGGCCCCCACCGCCACCCCCACCCCGACAUCCUCCCCUUCGACAUCGCCAUGUGCGUCCGAGCGGGCCGCUACGGGCGUUUGAUCCCGCUCGUCGUCAACCUGCCCCACGGACGCAACGGCGAGACCCUCCAGAUUGUCCUCUGCCUCUCCAGGACCCCUGCCUAUGGUAGGCUGCGAUACCCGGAUGUCCACGCAGAGUAGAGAAAGAUCGGAGCAGGAGUCCUGAGAGUUCACCUCCUCAGAAUUUUGGCCGCCUCGGACACAAUGACAGCAGAACUAGACGCCUACUUUUACAUAUAGAUAGAUAUAGGUCGAGAAAACUUAUGAGCUCUUGUGUUUCUUCAGCUAGCUAAAACUUGCUCUGUUUCGUCGACGUGGCAGGGGCCUUGCAGUUCUAUGAUUCAAAACUGUUGAAAUCGUUGCCUCCAACAGUUGGAGAGUCACUCUUCUGGCAUUCAUCUCUGUGGUGCUUCCUGGAUGAAAACAUUUCUUUUGAUGAUCUUCCACUUCUUUUGGAAGAUGAUGCAUUGAUGCACUUUGUAUAAAUGAAAAGGCAGUGGUUCCUGCCAGUAAUGAGUUGA